GAGAGUGGCUUCUAAGUUCAAGAGGUUCACGGCCCUUGGAAGUGACGCGCUGCGCCCCAGGGAGCUGGCCAAUCUCUCGGACGGGGCCCUCAAGUGCCUCGCUUUGCUCUGGCACUGGCAGGAGUGCUCGGGCAUCUUCAGCUCUGCCAUCGCUCUCAUCCUGUUGGCGCAGCUUCCUAAGCCUGAAGGAGGUUACCGACCCAUCAGCAUCGAGAGUGGGGUCAACAGGGUUUUCCACAAGCUUGCUAGGCAUGAGGCUGUUGAGUGGGAGGGUCGUCAUCCUAGGUCAUACCAUUACGGAGUGAAAGGGGAGUCUUGUGAGAGGGCUGUCUGGGCGCAGAGCCUCGCUGUUGAGAACCACAGCCUCAUGGGGUUCACCACGGGGCUCACCCUGCUAGACCUCGCCAAGGCGUAUGAACAAGUGGCUCAUUUCCUUCUUGUGCAAGCCGCGGUCGCUUGGCAUUUUCCGAUUUUCAGGCUCAGGCUUCUUAUCGUGAAGUACAGAGGGCCUCGGGUCCUCAGCUCUGGCAUCUGCUCGGAUGUGGUGCAGGUGGCGGAGACCAUCCUGGCAGGGUGCCCCUUCGCGACGACGUUGCCUAGGCUGUUUUUGCUGUCUCCCUUGGAUAAAGUGUGCGAGCACUUCCCGUCCGCCGUCCCCUUCAAUGUGGUCGACGACAUUACGCUGUUCAUGGGGGGGGCUGCUAAGGUGGUCCAAACGCGUCUUGGGAAUGCUACGGCCUACCUAUGUGGGCUGUUGGAGGGCCAACUGCUGGUUGUCUCGGAGUCGAAAGGCAAGGUUUUAUCCUCGUGUUCAUCGGUGGCCCGUGGAUUGGCCAAGCGUCUGGGCAAAUGGAAGUUUACCGCCCCUGCUGCUGCCAGGAAUCUGGGAUGCGACUUUGGGAUGGGGCUCAAGGGUCGCAGGUCCAGGGCCGUCGUGGGGUCCCGUUUUCGCAAGAUCAAGGGCCGUCUCUCCAAGUUUCGCAGCCUCCGCAGCUCGUUCCAGGGGCUCAUGAAGGUGGCUUUCCUACGUAAGCAGUGCUAUAUGAAGAUCGUAGGGUUGUUGAUGUCAGGUGUCAGGUUUGCUUCGACGAGCCUGGGACACAUAUGCACCGUCUUUUCAGAUGCCCUGCUCAUUGUGGGCUCAGACGGCACCUCGAUCUUCAGGAGCUUCAGGAGAGAGCUGCUGAGCCAGGCGCUGAUCUACUUUUUUCUCACGCGUGGACUUGCGGUGUCUCCAGAGGCGAAGUGGCCACCGCCAGUCCAGCACGAGUAUGUGAAGUGGGACAAG